AGGGCCAGGUUAGAGAAGGAGAAGGAGGAAGAGAGGGCCAGGUUAGAGAAGGAGAAGGAGGAAGAGAGGGCCAGGUUAGAGAAGGAGAAGGAGGAAGAGAGGGCCAGGUUAGAGAAGGAGAAGGAGGAAGUUAGUGUUAAGUUGGAGGAGAAGGAGGAAGAGAGGGCCAGGUUAGAGAAGGAGAAGGAGGAAGAGAGGGCCAGGUUAGAGAAGGAGAAGGAGGAAGAGAGGGCCAGGUUAGAGAAGGAGAAGGAGGAAGAGAGGGCCAGGUUAGAGAAGGAGAAGGAGGAAGAGAGGGCCAGGUUAGAGAAGGAGAAGGAGGAAGAGAGGGCCAGGUUAGAGAAGGAGAAGGAGGAAGAGAGGGCCAGGUUAGAGAAGGAGAAGGAGGAAGAGAGGGCCAGGUUAGAGAAGGAGAAGGAGGAAGAGAGGGCCAGGUUAGAGAAGGAGAAGGAGGAAGAGAGGGCCAGGUUAGAGAAGGAGAAGGAACAGCUUAAGCAAUUAUUUGAAGAAGAAAGAAAGAAAAUGAUGGCACAAUUUGAGGCAGAAAAACGACAACUCUUGUUACAGAUGCAGCAGUCACCAGUGUAUGUUAGAUGAUUGUUUACUCGUAUGUGUGAUGGAGAGAGUGGGAAAGCGAGUCUGUGAUAUGAUGUGAAAUGGUGAGGGAGUGCAUUUGCCUGUCUGUCAGUGAUGAAAUGUAUGGAAAUGAAGGUGCUAUUAUGAGUUUUGAUUGUGAUAUUAAUGUGGAAGAGUAUGUCUGUGAUCAUCUGGUAUUUUAUAUUGUAUGUUAUUUAUGUAUAUGAAUGAAUUUAUUUGGUGUGAAAUCAUUGUUCAGAUGUUACCUUUAUAAGGGUAUGUAACAUGAUAUUUCUGACAAAUGUUACACAGUAAAGAUUGUAUUUUGUUGCUUUAUAAUGAUGAUUAUGACAAUUCCUAACAUGUUGGACUGCUGUCAAAUAUAUCAUCACUGUUUAUCUUCAUUGUCAAAUAUAUCAUUGCUGUUUAUCUUCAUAUCAUGUUUAUUUCACAAUACAAACACGUUUUUUUGUUUCCUUACUCUGUGUAUGUUGAGGUUACUGUAACAUAAGACAACACUUGUUAGAGAUAUAACAUUAACGCACUUCAUUAUUGUGUAUGUUGUUAAUCAUCUUUUUUUCCAAAGUGUAUAGUUAGUCUCCCUUAUGAAACAUAAAUGGCAGCAAUUUUGAAUUUUAUUAAGGGGAGAUAACACCAAUAUGCUUACAAAAGUAAGAUUAUUGGAAAAAAACAUAGAGAUGUACAUAACUGAGUAUUUACUCUGUAUUUAACCACAUUAACUAUGUUAGUAAUAGAAUUUUAGUUUUGACCAACAAACUUUUGUGCUUGUCCUCACUGUUUCUCACUCUUUGAUGAUACAUUAAGGUUAUGAAUAUUUAUCUUAUGAUAAAUAUACUUCAACUGCAAGAGAACAGUUAAUUCUGUUUCAGAUAAAGUAAAACAUUUUGUGAAAGAUUAUUGAUUAUUUUCUUAAUGUUAGA